UUUUUUUAGCAUCAAUUUGCAAUUAUGUAGUAUAAAUAUAAGUUUGUGACCCACUUUGUCUUUAUUCCAUAAGGAAUGCAACAAUAAUUAUACAAAAGAAAAAUGAGCUUCAAUCAAAUGCAAACGUUAUUUCUGGCUAUAGUUUUAGUUCUUAUAGUGCUAGCAAGUCACUGUGUUAAUGGAGCAUUUACAGAUCCAAACAAAUCAGCAACAAUUUUAAGACAAAAGAGAUCACCUCAUGGGGGACAUGGUGGAGGUUUUGGGGGUCCCGGUGGUGGUUUUGGGGGUCACGGUGGCGGUUUUGGGGGUCACGGUGGUGGUUUUGGGGGUCACGGAGGUGGCGGCUUUGGAGGUUUCGGUGGCAGAGGUUUUGGAGGUGGUUUUGGCGGAAGAGGUCUAGGAGGAUUCAGAGGCUCUGGAUUUGGAGGCGGUUUCGUUCCUAUCAUAAUUAGCCCUAGACGAUACCGAUACAACCCUUACCCGUAUUAUUAUUAUUAGAACUUUAGAUUUUUAUAUUAUAACUUUAUUUAUUGAAAAUAUAUGUAAUUUCCUAUAUUACCACCUUUUUUCAGCUCGACAACAAUACAAAAGUAGCUCUAUCCGGCU